GAGUCGUAUGAGAGAGCUUCGCUUAAACCCUAACAGCCUCUCUUCCUCUUCUUCUUCCUCUUCACCUUUCAAGCUCUUGCUGCAACAAUGGAGGAGGAGCUUCGAGUUCGACUCAACGAUCACCAACCAUCGAAGAUCUUCCCGGUGAAGCCCAAAUCAACACCCAAAACUCUCUCCAAACCCGAAACUCCCGACUCUCGAUACUGGUCCUCCUUCAAACCCCACUCAAUCCCCAACCUCGUAUCCUCCAUCUCCGCCGUCGCCUUCUCCCCGAUCCACCCCCACUCCUUCGCCGUCGCGCACUCCACCACCGUCUCCCUCUUCUCCUCCAACACGCUCACCACCUCGCGCCGCUUCUCCUUCAAAGACGUCGUCUCCUCCGUCUCCUUCCGCUCCGACGGAGCCCUCCUCGCCGCCUCCGACCUCUCCGGGACUGUCCAGGUCUUCGACGUCAAGGAGCGGAUGGCUCUCCGUAGCCUCCGCUCCCACAAGGCGGCGGCGAGGUUCGUGAAGUACCCCGUCCACGACAAGCUCCAUCUCGUGUCCGGAGGGGACGACGGAGUCGUCAAGUACUGGGACGUCGCCGGGGGUACGGUUAUCUCCGAUCUAAUCGGACAUAAAGAUUACGUUCGCUGCGGAGACUGCUCUCCGGUGAACGAUUCGAUGUUCGCUACAGGCUCCUACGAUCAUACCAUCAAGGUGUGGGACGCGAGAGUGGGGAACUCUAAAUGGAUAGCUGAGAUCAACCACGGGGCACCUGUGGAGGAUAUUGUGUAUUUACCGUCUGGUGGAAUGAUCGCGACGGCGGGAUUGAAUAGUGUGAAGGUGUGGGACUUGAUCGGAGGAGGGAGGAUGGUUUGUUCGAUGGAGAGUCAUAACAAAACGGUGACGUGUCUAUCUGUUGGGAGAAUGGGGUUGGAAGGGGAGAAUAGGAUUGUGAGUUGUUCGUUAGACGGUUACAUGAAGGUGUUUGAUUACGGGAGGGGGAAGGUUACUUACUCUAUGAGGUUUCCAGCUCCUUUAAUGUCCGUUGGGAUCUCUCCGGAUAGCUCUGUUCGUGUUGUUGGAGGGUCUAACGGUAUGGUGUUUGCUGGGAAGAAGAAGAAGAAGGCGAGAGAUGAGGAGGAGAAGAAGAAAGCUAGCGUGAUGAGUUUUUGGAGUGUGAAGAGUGAAGUGGAUGAGAGUAGGAGAAGGGCGUUGAGGCCGAGUUACUUCAGGUAUUUCCAGAGAGGGCAGAGCGAGAAGCCGUCGAAAGAUGAUUACUUGGUGAAGGAGAGUAAAGGAGUGAAGCUGACGAGGCACGAUAAGCUGCUGAAGAAGUUUAGGCAUAAGGAGGCUUUGGUCUCUGUUUUGGAGGAGAAGAAGCCGGCCGACGUGGUGGCGGUGAUGGAGGAGUUGGUGGCGAGGAGGAAGAUUGUCAAGUGCGUGUCGAAUUUGGAGGAAGGUGAAUUGGGAUUGCUGCUCGGUUUCUUGCAGAGGUACUGUACCGUGGAGAGGUAUUCGAAACUGUUGAUGGCGUUGACGAAGAAGGUUUUGGAGACUAGAGGUGAGGAGAUUAACGGUAAGGAGGAGUUUAAAGGGAUUUUGAGGAACCUGAAGAGGGAGGUGAAUCAGGAGAUUAAGAUUCAACAGUCUCUGUUGGAGAUUCAAGGUGUUAUUGCUCCUUUGAUGAGAAUUGCUGGGAGAUGAUUAAUCAAUGUAAGGUUUUUGGAUGCUUUGUUUUUAUUGUAAUGCUAUUCUAGAUUAUAUUUCAAGGUUUGUUUUAUUUCAAUUGCUGGGAGAUGAUGAAUCAAUACAAGUUUUGUUUGCUU